AUGCCCUUCCCACCCCGACAUCUCCGGUCCCAGCAGCCCCGGAAACGCACCAAGACCUUCACGGGCUGCUGGACCUGCCGCUCCCGCAAGAUCAAGUGCGACGAGACCAGGCCGAGAUGCAGUCAGUGUAGUGCGAAAGGUCUAGAUUGUGAGGGUUAUGGGGUGCGCUUGCAGUGGUUGCCGCCUGCUACAGAUGCGGACAGCCUCCAAGCUGAACUCCCUGCGGCGGUUGCUGGUGCGCGGUCGCUGAGGCGGCAUGUUCCAAUUGAACCUCUGGCGACCGUCCUAGGGUGGAGUCAAAUUGAUGACAUUCUGUGCUAUAUUGACUCGCUCUCGUCUCUCAUCCCAGCAGAUGGCGAUGCUCACGUCCACCAUUUCGGCGUCUUUAGCAUUCCACAGCAACGGCGAUCGCUGUCAUCCUCGCCCUCUGCAGCACUUACUGAACCCCAGACUCUGCCGCAAUUUGAGGAAGAUGACCAGGUCGUUUGGCCGGGUGUCGUGGACCCUGGUGCAUCAUUCUCCCUACCGACCGAGUCGCCGGCAGACUAUACAAACCCCUAUUAUUCUGAGGCCGAUGCCGCUUGGGGCUUGUGCCGUCUUCACGACAACCUUGACUUCUGUUUAGACUUUACCCGCCCGGAGGAGCUAGAUGCUUCGACAGUUUUCUCGGAGCUUGCCUACAGUUUGCCUGAAUACACGGUACCCAGUCCACCGAUCGGCGAAGACUCCCACAUACUCGAAGGUGCAGCAAUCCCUACCGAAGGCAUAGGCCCUGAACAGACCGACAAGGCAAACGAAACCCAGAUUCAACGUCAACCACCCAUUAUCGAAUCCCCUAAAGCCCUUGUUGUUCCUGCGCACGAACAACUCCUCAUGGAACACUAUCGAAACCGGGUAGUAAAUCUCUUCUGUGUCAUCGAUAACGCCAAAAGCCCGUGGAAGACCAUCCACCUCACUCGCGUCCUCCAGUGUGCCGGGGAACUGAGUUUCGGGGGCAGCACUACGACGAUUCGUAACGCGUUGAGAAACGCCUUGCUGGCGAUUAGUGCGUUCUGCCUCUCGAACGACCACCGAGCUGGCCGGCGGCUCGAAGACGCUCGAAAAUGGGGGACCAUUGCAUCGCGCUAUCGGUGUGACGCUAUUGGAUUGCUCAAGGACGCGGUUCAGAGUCAUCUUCAUCAGGAAGGACGGCCAAAAUAUAAAGAGUUUGUUGCGACGACGCUGUCGAUGAUUACAAUCAAUGUCAUGUCCGGCGACACAAGCACCUGUGGGAUGCACCUUGACGGUGCCGAACAACUCAUCAGCUACAUGAGUGCCCGCAAGACCCGAUUCUCAAACAAGGCUCGGUCACUGCAUCGCAUAUACUUGUAUCUCCGGGUCAUAUACGAGAGCACGGCAGUCCGGCGACACAGGACAGACAGCUCGCGCUUCUCACCCUCGUUUGGUUCACGACGGACAGUCGGUCCCCGGCCGGUGAUUGCACGAGAGCAUAUUCUCCUUGCGGACGACAACGAGUCAUCGCCUUCAAUAACCAAGCGUCUGGCACCCCGGCCUACAACCUCGACAGAGCUAUCAUCGUACGAAUGCAUCUACGGGGUCCCGCAGAGCCUCCUCCUCUUACUCAAGGCGUGCAUCGAGCUCAUCGACGAGGUGGACGACGAACGCACAAGAUCCGGAACCCUCAACAUCCCAGAGCCCCUUAACCGUCUCUGCGACGACCUCGAGAGCGAAAUCCUCGAUUGGCCCCUCGAAGACCGCGAACCCCAGAGUGCUGCAACCAGCAAUGCAAAUAUCAUCUACCACCAGACCCGGGCCUUCCUCAACGCCCUAAUCAUCUACUUCUCGCAGAGCAUCCGGCUGCUCGGGUUCCGGUAUCUGCGGCAGUACGUGCAGACUGUUCUCGAGAGCAUUGAAGCCAUCGAGGAGAUCAAAGCCGAGACGAAGAUCAUUGCGGCGCCGUUGUUCUGGCCUGCGUUUAUUGCUGCCACUGAGGCGUUUGAGCCCCUCCAGCAGGAGCGGUUUCGGGCCUGGUAUGACCGCGUGCAGGUCUAUGGGAUUGCGAGUGUGAGGACGGGGAUUCAGGUGGUGCAGGAGGUUUGGAGGUCUGGGCCGGUGAAUUCCCAGCGCCAGAUGCAGUGCUCUUGGCGGGGUGUUGUUGAGCGGACGGGGGAUUGUCUGAUGCUGACCUAG